AUGUCAACAACUACAGACCAGCAGUAUCUGUACAGACAGGCAAUUAGACCUCAUUAUUCUGCUUUAGUUAGUCGUUACUUUGGUCCUGAGGUCGACUUCUUCUCAUUGUUUCAAGCUGCUGAUUUAUGGCUCAUGAGAGUUGACUUUGUGUUUGAGUUCCCUCGUCCCACCAUGCCUAACAUUAUCUAUAUUGAAGGGUUCCAAUGUAAACCUGCCAAGCCUCUUCUCCCAAAAUUGGUGGAGUUUGUUCAGGGUUCUGGGGUGCAUGGACUCAUUAUCAUGUCUUUGCGAACUUUUAUUGGGCAGCUUCCACUUGAUAUAGCUGAUGAGAUAGCUGUUGCUUUUGCCCAACUGCCUCAGAAGGUAAUCUGGAGGUAUAAAGGAGACAGGCCAGCUACUCUGGGUAACAACACCUUAUUAGUUGACUGGAUGCCUCAGAAUUAUCUUGUAGGACACCCUAUGACAAGGCUGUUUGUAGCUCACGGAGGAACAAAUGGGAUUUUCGAGGCUAUCUACCACAGUGUUCCAAUAGUAGGCCUUCCUCUGGUGUUCGACCAAACUGACAAUCUUUCUAGAAUGAAAGUGAAGGGUGUAGCAAAGGUUGUGUAUUUAGCAACACUAGAUAGAAACAUAUUCUCCCAGGCCUUACAGGAAGUUCUGGAUGAGCCAUCCUACAGGACGAACAUGCAGAGACUCUCCAGGCUACACAGGGACGUGCCAAUGGAGCCCCUGGACACUGCCCUCUUCUGGAUUGAGUUUGUCAUGAGACACAAAGGUGCUGCUCACCUGCGUACAGAGUCCUACAGAAUGCACUGGUACUCGUACCACUCUGUAGAUGUAAUGGUCUUUUUACUGACUGUUGUGUUAUUUACUCUGCUGGCUUUCAUUGGCAUUUUCAGAUGUUUCUGUUGCAGGUCAUGUUUGAAAAUGAAAAUGAAAGAGGAAUGAUUAUGGCUUUCAUCUGUACACAGUGUGGUACAACAAUAUGUUUUUACUUGUCUCACUCAUUAUACUUUUUGUUUACAUGACAAAUAUAUGUGGCAUUGAUGUAGACAUACAGUAUUGUUGACAGAUGUUUUAUCUAUUUGCUUUUGAAGAUUUUGCUAAACUUACAACU